GUAACGACACGAAGAAUGUCCAUUCAAAUCAAUAAAAAUUGGUUCUGGACUCUUUAUCUGCUCUGAUUAGAGAGAUAUUCUCCAAGAUUUUGUGCAAGACAGAAAAUAAGGUUCAAAUGCUCCAUUAUGAUGUUUUUAAAAAGCGAAAAGGAUACAUAGAGACAGUGAAGCCACAAAAUUUUUGCAAAGAUGCAUUUGAAAGCAUUGUUUAGAAGUUCAAAUUUAAACAGUGGCGUUGAACAAGUAGAAUCAAAUAAGACAAAAAAAGAAAUUGCAUCGGGUCAUACUGGAAAAACCUAUACGUUUUCCAGACUCUUGUAAUGAAUGAGUUUAAUAUGUUUGAGUCACCAGAAGUGAUUAAAAGUUGCAUUUUCAUAUUUAAUUUGUAGACACCAUGUUUAACAUUGGUUCUGUUGGGUUAUUUAAAUGGUUCUGUUUAGUUUGUUUAUUGCAAAAAGCAAUAAACAAACUAAACUUUAUAUGCCAAAAAGUCCAGUUUGUACUGAAGUAAAAAAAGAAAUUCUGGUGCUGCUCUAAUUCUGCAGUCACCUUCAGUUUAUUAUAAUAUUUGAACACAAACAAACUAAAUGGUUCAUAAACCUUUAAAAACUCAUUUGAAAUAGCUCUGGCACUUCUUCAGAGCUUAAUCACAGCUGUUAUUAGGUUGCUAUGGGAACAGAUUUGUAAAAAAUAAAACAGUUGUUUUUUUUUAAAAUGCAACACAGCAUGAUUUUGAAAAAACUCUGGCCAUUUAAAAUUAGCUUCCGUGUUUUUGAUUUCUUUCUGGGUUACAAUGUCUGAUUCUUUCAUAAAAUGAAGAAAAAAAACGGAGCAAAAAAAGCUUUGCAGGGAGGGGUCAAGGAAAAUUCUUCCAUCAGUCUUAAAACAAACGAGAAGAAACUAUUAGGUGUGUCAAAACAGCAGAAUAAUCCCUCAAAAAACCCAGCCGGAAGAGGCCUUGGAAAAGCCGGAGCCAAACGUCUGGGUCGGCUUCUGAAGCGAGUCGUUCUGCCUCGGGAGGAACCGGCGGCCGUAGCUGCACUUCCAAAGACUCCCGUUCGUCUUUUCAAGCAUCAGAUCGAGAAGAAAGCUGAUAAUGCACCCACGGCAAAGUUCUCGAGGCAGCAGGUUUCCAAACUCAUCCUCAAUGUGGUCUCCCAGUGCAAACAUAAAGGAGGCAUCUCCAUGGAUGAGCUCAAGGAGACACUGGCCGCCGAAGGCUAUGAUGUUGCAAAGAACAACCGGCAAGUUAAGGUGGUGACGGAGCAGCUGGUCAACAACAAGACACUGGUGCGAACUACGAGAAACACCGCACUGAGACUCAAUAAGAAAGUCAUAAAAACAAAGAGUGUAAAGACGAGCAAAGCAACACCUCAGAAGCCCCCACCAGAGCCGGAGAAGAAGACUUCAGCCCAAAAAAACCCUGAAGAAGAGACAAAGACACAGAAAAAUAAAAAUCUGGCCAAAGCAAAAGCCAAAAUACAAAAAAUGAAAAAAAAUACUGACAAAGCAGCGCCAAAGUCCAAGAAACAAAGAAAACAGUCACCCAAACCCAAAAGAAAACCCCAGAAACGAGCCAGGAAGAGACCUCAACUCAGAAACAACCGAUCCAUGCGAGCUCAAACGCCACCAGCAAAGACUAAAAAGGCAUAUAGGCAUCAACUAAAACAGGUCAAAUCUUCUAGGAGAAAGCAAUCACAAAGACGGAAACUUCCUACAAGAAGAUCGAAGCGGCAGAGAAAGCAUCGCAGGUGUUGCAGGAGUUGCAGGAGUUACUAGAAGCACUGGCAAUAAACUGAAGUAUUUUUAUCAAUCUGA